CAUAUCAAAUAACAAAUCUAAACAGCUGUUUUGUGGAUUACUUAUUUACUUCUAAAAACAUUUUGCUGUCUAGAGGUAAAACUUACUAAUUUCAUAUAAUCAUGGACACCGAUGAUUACAACGAAAUAACAUCGCAGUUAGACGCAAGAGAAAUAUUGCGCUAUCUUAAUCAUUUAGGAAUACACAACAUAAGCGGAGAAGUUUUAAAAUACUUCAUAACAGAUUUAAAGAAACUAAUAAAAUACGACUUGCAACACAAAUAUGAAAAUGAAAACACAAGAAGUCCAUUGAACCUGGGAACUGAAAGGUUACACAGUGCUAGUACAUUUUCGUCCAGAGCCAGAUCAAGAGCCACAACCAGUGAUAUAAUAUGUUGUGCUAAACAAAGCCAAAGACCGAAAAAACUUCUAGACCUUCGCAACAUACACUCAGCGCCUAAUUUAUUUCAUGCAAAAGAGAAAGUCACACUGUCAAAAAAAGCAUGCACAUGCGAGCGAGAAGUGAAGAAAUCUGACAUUUUAUCUAAAGACUCAAAAACUACACCAUCAAUCAACAGUAAUUUUAUUAGAAAACCAAAAGAGCCUGUAAAAAGAAAACACGACCCAGUUACUUUGUAUCAUUAUUAUUCAUCAUUAUGGGAAAAAUAUAAACCAAAUGUACCUGGAGAGAACAAUUGGUCAGAACUGAGGUGGAGUAUAAGACAGAAAAUGGCAGGAAGUGCUGCCUCACAGUCUAGCAGAAUUUCUGUCCCCACGAGACCACUUAUCCAUAAUAAGAAAUUGAAGUGA